AUGGGGAACGAUAUAUCCAAAAAACAAUUGUUAGGUGAUGCUGAUCGUGAUCAUGAUCGUGUUUCGAAAAAGAAACGACAUUCAUUCUUAUUCAAAUUAUUUGACAGAGAAAGAGAUUAUGAUCAAUCUUUUCAUCCCAGUGCAGAAGAUAAACGAAGAAUGCAAGAUUCUAUUCGCCGUACAUCAAUGACAAUAUUCUAUCCUACACUUUGUACUGUACCAUAA